GAAUAUUUUGUGUUGGGAAUCAAGUAGAUAUUUCAUAAUUAAUGGUCGAACAAAGAAUAGAGAGCGAAUCACGUGCAAUGUGAACUUAGCAUAAGUCGAACAAUCGACUAUGAAUAGUCGAGUACUCGGUUUUUACCCAAGUCCAUAGUCGAGUUUGAUAGCAUUUGGAAAAACGAUAGUAGCAGCUAGUUCCGCGCUCUUUAGUGAAGAUGUUCAAUUUUCUCAUGUCUCAUUCGUAAACAACAGAGUACCCCGAGUCUUUGCUUUCUGUUUAUUUUUUAUCAAGUAUUGCUUUUUGGCCUUUAUAUUCGCUUCGUUGGGACGUUUUUCAUUUCAUUUCAUAAGUGCAAGGAUGAGCUACCCUACGGGAUACCUACAAAUGGGAGCUACUUCACCAGAUAAUAUUCCCCCGGUCAAUAGUGAACUAUACGGAUAUGGAAAUGUUACAUAUCCUUCCGCUGAGGCCGGUUUUCAAAAUCAGACUACAACAGAAAAUAGUCCACAUACCUACGGGGAGUACAAGACCUCCUUGAAGCGAAAAUAUUUGGAUUCUUUCCGUGUGCCAAAAAAGCAAGAAACCGUUGUCGAACAUGAUGAUAAGGGCAAUCUGGUUAUGUUUAGUGGGCGACAUCCGUCAUAUCCAGAUGAACUGAAUGCGCUAAUACAUCCUUCUACAUGUGACUUGUGUAACAUGAAAAUGAAUUCGGUAAUAUCGGCAAAGGAUCACUAUGAAUCGAAAUCACACGAUAGAAACAUUACAAACUGGAUUACAAGGAAUUAUACUGAAAAGGGCCUUAACCCUCCCGAGAUAGUGCGUUAUUAUAAGCAAGGGCCCGUGGGACCAAAUGCAUUCCAUUGUGACCUGUGUGAUUUAAAGUUAACUUCGUUGACACAUGCUCAACAACAUUUUGCUGGCAGAAAACAUCAAUUGGUUCUAAGUCAACGAUCGAAGCCUUCUGGCGCUGGUUAUUACAAUAAUGAAGGAAAAUGGGUUAGACUUUCCACAAAAGCUUUUCCAAAGAGUGCAGAUCGACGAUUCGGAAUUGGCGAACAAUUUCUUUACUCAUCCAAUGAUAACGUCACAACAACCACUGCCAAUGAAUCUUCUAACUCCGUCAUUAAUUCACCAACACAAACGCCAGAAGAGAAUGCUGCGGCCAAACCCCCAAAAAUCCCUAAAAUGAAUGAGCAUGAUCCAAAUCUCUUUUGUGCGGUAUGUAAUGUAAGUGCAACAUCAGCAUUACAGAUGACAAUGCAUUUAACUGGAGCUAAACAUCAGAAAAAACUAAAGGCUAGUGGCGUUGAAAUCACCAAUACUGGCCACGCUCCAUCUUCUACUACUGCUGCUGACUCAAAUCAAAAUGCGGAUAAUCUUCUUAAUUCCGUUAUUAAUGAACUGAAACCUGAUACAACCGACUUGUCAAUGUACCGCACUCCUAGUGGUCAAUAUUAUUGUCAAACGUGUAAUUUAACUAUUACCAAUCUAAGUAGUUUGCAAAAACAUCUUGAAGGAAAGCGUCACCUCAAAGUUCAAAUGGAACAAAGGGCAUUAGCAGCAAUAUCCAAAGUAAAAACAAAAUAAGCAAAUGAAUUUGUAUACCAAUAUCAUUAUUGGUCUGUUCCAGAACUGCGAGAAUGUAAAAGUUUUUACUACGAUAGCCGAUGUUUUCUUUAUGAUAUCGAAGAAAAUUGCAAAACUAGUAGAUUCUUGUAGGUUCUGAAACAGAGCGUAUGUGUUUUUGAUAAACACAAAAUAGUCUUAUUAAUUUAUUAUGAAAUCCUUAUAUUUUAUUAGAAUAACUCUCUUGAACAUUAAAUAAAAAAUGUUCCUUAUACACACACACAAAA